AUGGAGGCUUUGGUAUGCCGGAAGCUAGGGGAUCCGACGGCGACGGAGCCAGGGAGUCCAGAAUCUCCGGUGGAAGUGAGCAAAAACCACCCGAUCCCUCCUCUAACCUCAGAUACAGCGGUGAGAGUUAAAGUGACAGCGACGAGCUUGAACUUCGCGAACUAUCUCCAGAUUCUGGGAAAGUACCAGGAGAAGCCUCCGUUACCUUUCAUCCCUGGCUCCGACUACUCCGGAAUCGUCGACGCCAUCGGUCCGUCCGUCACGAAAUUCCGCGUCGGAGAUCGUGUCUGCUCCUUCGCCCCUCUCGGUUCCUACGCUCAGUUCAUCGUCGCCGAUCAGUCUCUCCUGUUUCUUGUACCGGAAGGAUGUGAUAUGAUCGCUGCAGCUGCACUUCCUGUUGCGUUUGGGACUUCUCACGUAGCUCUUGUCCAUAGAGCUCGUCUGACAUCUGGUCAGGUCUUGAUGGUUCUUGGCGCUGCGGGUGGUGUUGGUCUUGCAGCUGUUCAAAUCGGAAAGAUUUGUGGAGCCGUUGUCAUUGCAGUUGCUAGCCUCUCCCAGGCCAAUCUCGCAUUUGGGGACAUCAAAGACAGGAAGGCAAUAGGAAAAGUGAUGAUUGCUCUCGACCACAAGGCUACUCUGUCUUCAAAACUAUAG